ACGCUGGAAAAGCGCCGGCACGUAGGCGCAAAAAGGGCGUCCAUUCUUUGCCUCUCCCCUGAUAUUUGCGGGCGGAGGAGAAAUACUUCCUUCCUCCGCCCGUCCGCUUGGCUUGCUCAUCCAUUCUUUGCCUGCUUCCUUCCUCCCUCCCUCCGCUCCGCCGCUGCUAUUUCUCUCCCCUCCCCUCCCGUCCCGUCCGGAGAGACCACGCCGGCCGAAUCCCCAUAGAUUUCCAUCCCAUCCCCGCCACGGCUCGCUCGCUCGCUCGAUCGAUCUGCCCUCCGUCGGGGUCGGUUCUUGGCCUGGAUCCUGCGGAAUCUCUUCUUGAUUGUUUUCCGGUUGUUGGGGUUCCAAAUCUCUUCCGCGCCGGUCUCCUCCCCGACCUCCAGGCGGGCUCAAUUCAAGGGGAUUUGCUUCUUCCUUCCUUCCUUCCUUCCUUCCUUGGAUCUCCUUCCCGCCUCUCCGCGCCACAUCUCCCAAAGGAAAUCCGCGGGGAGAUCUUUCUUGUCUCAGGCCAACACAGGCGAAUCCGUUCCUCGGGGUCCUCUGCCUGUCCAUCCCCCUUGUCGGGCUCCUUCUCCUGACAAGUAGAAUCAGAUGGGCGAGGUGUACCUGGAUCGCUCAGUCAAGCCGGAGCCAGCGGACGUCGGCAUUGCCCAGGGCAACCAGGUUACUAACCUGAUGUCGGCGGGAUGGACGGAUGAGAGGCACACGGAUUACAUAAGCUCCAUGGAAGCCUCUUUCAUCAACCGACUCUACAAUCAGGGACACAACGCGAACAAGAAAGAUCCAGGUACCAAUGGGUUCAAGGUUCUCCAAGGUGGAGCUGGAGUGUGGAAGAAAGUCGAGUUUGAGAGGCCCAAUGCUUGUGCUCAAGUCGGGGCCAAACAAAGCCUGCCUGCAAACCCCUGGAUCCAGCAUUUCAGAUCGCGUGAUUGCAGCAGCAGCAGCAGUGCAAGAGGUGAUGGGGCACAAACUUCAGUAGGCGAUCACGAAUCGGGUAUCCGGACUGUCCCUGGGAGCACUCCGUUGUCACACGGAAGGGAAUUGGGAACUUGCAAGGGAGAAAGCCUUCUCGAUGAAAAUUCAGAGGUCUCUGAUCAGAACUUUGCUGACGACAACGAGGCAGAAGUUGGCGCAGAAUCAAGCAAAGCAUGCAAGAAAAGGAGAUUGAGCAGUUCUUCCACUUACUUCACUCAAACGAUCCAGUGAGUUUACAGGAUCAAUUAGCAUAGUCUGUUGCAAGCGUUGACAAAAGCAACACACCCAAUUACUCAAAGAGCCUGCUUGCUACCUCAAAACCUGUUGGAACUUGGAAGCAAGGAUGCUCUGAAGUAAAGCAUGGAAGAGUAUUUCUCGGUAAAUGCGCCACCGGUGAGCACUGGAGGGUUUGUUAACAGAUUAGAUUCUGGUUAUGUAUCUCUAUUUUGCAGUUAAAAGUCGAUUGUGUGGUCCGCUCUAGUGCCCCAUUAUGAGGAACAACAGGCUCACUCACUGCUUAGUAGUGGUAUCGUGGUAGAUAGUAAUAUUGUUUCAUUUUACGGAUGUAAUGAAAUGUUGUUUGCAAUGUGAAUGAAAUGUUCAUGUUUGCCACAA